AUGCCUCCUUUUACAGAUAUAUCGAGAGAUGCCCCCUUACCUGACAAAGAUGAGGACAAUCCAGAUUACAGACACCCACUUUAUCUCGGUGAUUGGAAAAAGUCUGUACCUUAUGUGAACGAUGACAUUGCAAUCGAUGACAUGGACGAGCCUCACAUGAAACGUAAAGUUACCAUUCUCAAAAAAUAUCCCGAAAUAGAGAAGCUUUAUGGUUACGAUGUGACGACCAUUCCAAUAACUAUAGUUGCUGUCGUAGCACAACUGAUUGCGGCAUACGUAUUCGGUAAAAUAUUAACAGACUGGAACUGGACAAUGAUAGUUUAUUCGUAUGUAAUAGGGGCAUCCUUGACACAACUAUAUGGUGUCAUCAUCCAUGAAGCAUGUCAUUGUCUGGCAGCUCCAACGUCAUUCCAAAAUCGAAUUAUUGGUCUGAUCGCCAAUAUUGGAUUACCAUUCCCGAUAGCAAUGUCAUUUCGUCGGUAUCAUCUUGAGCAUCACACAUUUCAAGGAGUUGUCGGGAUGGAUCCUGAUCUCCCAUUAGACUGGGAAAAAAAAUUCAUACGCGGGAAUGCGUUUUUGAAAUUUAUUUGGUUAAACAUUUAUCCGGUGAUGUACGUUGUACGCGGAGUAGCAAUGCAAAAACAACCACAAUUCUGGGAAUGGGUGAAUUGGAUAUUUACAAUCAUUACGGAUCUAUUGAUUUAUAUUUAUUGUGGGCCAAGAGGACUUGGAUAUUUAUUCUUAUCUCUUUGGCUUGGGUAUGGGGUGCAUCCGGCUGCUGCACAUUUCAUUCAAGAACAUUACACAUUUGAUGAUGGACAAGAAACUUAUUCGUAUUAUGGCAUUCUUAAUUUGCUAUUCAUGAAUAUUGGAUAUCAUAAUGAACAUCAUGAUUUUACCAAGGUUCCAUGGUCAAAACUUCCAGAAGUUAGAAAGAUCGCAUCAGAAUUUUAUGAUAAUCUCGCUUUUCAUACUUCGUGGUUUAUGGUACAUUGGAAUUUUGUUAUGCAUAAGCAAUUUGGACCACAAAGCCGUGCUGGGCGAAGUUUCGAAGAUCACAAAAAAGGGCGUAAACAAUUACGAAUAAUGAAAGGUUAA